UGUGAUAUUUGUCUUCCGAGCAUUUUCAUCCACAUUCGUCAAGGCAAUGGCAAGAGGGGAUGGUGCAGAGCAGUAUUCGGCGACAAGUUUAUUACCAGUAAAACCAUUAAGUGCAGAUGGAGUCAAAAUUGAAAAGAAGCGGAGGAAACCUCUGUCCGUCUGCAGCAAGCUGUGCUACGCCGUCGGCGGCGCGCCCUACCAGAUCACCGGCAGCGCCCUGGGCUUCUUCCUGCAGAUCUACCUACUGGAUGUGGCACAGCUGGAUCCCUUCUACGCGUCCAUCAUCCUGUUCGUGGGCCGGGCCUGGGAUGCAGUGACCGACCCCUGCGUGGGGUUCCUGGUGAGCCGCACCAAGUGGACCCGCUUCGGUCGCAUGAUGCCCUGGGUCCUCCUAUCCACGCCCUUUGCGGUGACGUGCUACUUCCUGAUCUGGUACGUUCCUGCGGUGGAGCAGGGGAAGGUCCUCUGGUACCUGGUCUUCUACUGUCUCUUCCAGUCGCUGCAGACGUGCUUCCACGUGCCCUACUCCUCCUUCACCAUGUUCAUCAGUGACGAUCAGAAGGAAAGAGACUCGGCCACUGCCUACCGAAUGACCGUGGAAGUGCUGGGUUCGGUGGUCGGUACGGCCAUCCAGGGCCAGAUCGUAGGCGGGGCCACCACCCCCUGCAUCCCCACAGAGUACGAUUUGGAUCGCGAUGGCAACGGAACCCAGCCUGUUGAGGAACGUAACUCGCUCAAUGGACGACACGAGGCGUACAUGAUAGCUUCCGGAGUCAUCUGUGCCAUCUACGUGCUCUGUGCCACCAUCUUGUUCGUGGGGGUCAAGGAGCAGAAAGAUAUUAGUCAAAAGAAGGCCAAACCAAUAACCUUCUGCCAAGGCCUGAGAUUGGUGAUGGGGCACGGACCAUAUGUCAAACUAGUCCUGGGCUUCCUCUUCAUCUCCCUCGCCUUCAUGCUAAUGGAGGGAAACUUUGCCCUUUUCCUCACAUACGCACUGGACCACAGAGAAGACUUCCAGAAUAUUCUCUUAGUCAUUAUGCUCUCAGGCACCAUCUCCAUUCCGUUUUGGCAGUGGUUCUUGACCCGCUUCGGAAAGAAGACGGCGGUGUACUUGGGCAUCACGUGGGCGGUUCCCUUCAUGAUCCUGAUGGUGUGCAUCAAGAGCAAUCUGGUGAUUUCCUAUAUGGUCUCCGUGGCGACCGGCGCCAGCGUGGCAGUAGCUUUUCUCCUGCCGUGGUCGAUGCUCCCAGAUGUCGUGGACGACUUCAAGUUGAAGAACCCAGACAUCCGGGGCUACGAGGCCAUCUUCUUCUCCUUUUAUGUCUUCUUCACUAAGUUUGCAUCGGGCGUGUCGCUGGGCAUCUCCACGCUCAGCCUGGACUUUGCCGGGUAUGUGUCCAGGGGCUGCUACCAACCCGAGUCGGUCAUCUUAACUCUAAAGGUGCUGGUCUCUCCGGUCCCUGUGGCUCUCAUAGCCAUCGGACUGUUGAUAUUGAAGACCUACCCCAUUGAUGAGGAAAAGAGGAAGAGUAAUCGCAAGCUGCUGCAGGAGCUGCUGGACACUGAAGACUCUGAGUCCGAAACUACAGCACUCGGAAGCGUUGUGUAGGCGGUUCAGACGGGACGCUAACGUCGUCCUGCGUAUUUGCAUGAUGAAGCACAAGACCACCUGGGAGACUGGACGGGCCUUGUGUGUUUUCAGUGUAGCUGGACUACGAGCGGAGAGACCACAGACCACACUGUGGUCCGCCUUCCUACGGACGCCUGGUCACGGCUAGCCUUCGAGUGCAGUACACAACGUGGUUUAAUGUUGAAAGAAGCUUUGACAGAAAUACAGUUAUUCUUUGUCUUGUUAGUGGAGAAUUGGAGCCAUCAGUGAUGGAGAAUUUCUGCUCACAUUAAGUGACUAAAGGUACAAUGAGUAGGCCUAGAAUUCGUGAAACAGGCCUUGUAACUUCAACCAUUGGGUUUGAGUAAUCUUGGUCAAUAAAUACUUUUAUUUUAAAGAAUACGUUUGGCUCCAUUAGUUGCAAUGAGAUUUUUGUUAAUUUAAAUAUUGUAUUUUUUAAGAAUUGUGAUGAUAAUGUACUUUCUAUGAAUACAGAGGUACAUGUGCAAUUUCUUUCAGAGAAAAACAAUGUAACCUUCCCAUGGGAGGAACAAUGCUUUUAAUAUUUAUUCAGAAACAAUCAUUUAAGGGAUUAGGGCUGUGACAGUAGUGCUUGUAGUAAUAUACAUAACAUAUUCAUAUUGUCUGAUGUACAUGAAGAUGGUCAGUUGAUGCAAUUCCCAAUUUUAUUCUAUAUAGACAGUGGCAAUUUUAGGCACGGGCGAACCGGGCAGCCGCCCGGGGCGGCAUAUUUGUGGGGGGCGGCAAAUCACAUGGGGGGGCGCCGCGAGCAGUAUAAAAAAAAUGAAACCCUCACUGAAGUCCGUAGGUUCACGAUACCCCCCCCCCCCCCCCCGUCAACAAUCGCUGCCCGGGGCGUAACUGGACCUAGAACCGCCACUGUAUAUAGAUAUCUUCAUUUAUUUUAAUCAAUGUAUUUUUUUAGUUGUCUGUUUCUUUGCUGCUAUUGCAUAAUAUUGUUUAUGCAAAAUUGGUCAAUUGGUACAUUGCAUUUCUUCUGAGGUUUGUACAGUGGUUGAUUGGUUUCUAAAUUAUACAAGUCUUCGUUAUCCAAUGUGUGGAUUAUUUAAAUUAUGCGUACACAGAUAACUAAAGUCCUCAAUAAACCAACAUGAA